CCAGCAUGGAGGUAGAUCCCAGCUCAGCAGCUGAAACCAAGACCAACAGCAGCACGGAGAAGACCAGGACUUUUGGCACGUCUCAGCCGAAACCCAGAAGUGCGAAUCCGUACCCCCCCGUCUGCCGCUUUUAUUCCCGUGGGAGGUACUGCCAGUUUGGAAGGAGGUGCCGAUUUCUGCACGAGUAUCUGGAACCACAGGUUAGCCCCAGCGUACCUGAAAACCACGAUGAUGGCAACACUGAUGACAGCUCCCAAUGCCAGGGCAGCACGGAGAGUCCCAAUAAGCCUGCAGAGGAUCCGGGCUGGCUACGACCCGGGCCACCCAAGAUGCUGGGACCCCGAGAACGGCCCAAGAGGCCGUGCCGCUACUACCUGUCUGGCUACUGCGCGAUGGAAGAACGCUGCCGUUUCUGGCACCCAGAGAAGCAGCCCCCUUUGCGGGACUGCGUGGGGCCUGAACCUGCCCAGGCCAGCCCUCGGCCUGUGGGCCCACUCAUCCGUCCACCUGUCCCCCGCCCUGCCGUGGUCAAGGAUGAGGUCAAGCUGACCGAGCUGACCCAGGAGGUUGCCCGGCAAUUACGGGAGACCGAAAUCAGCCAGCUGAUGAAGCGCUUCCCCAAGGACCAGCUGAUUAUUCAGGAGAGCGAAAGUGGGAAGCAGACCUACUACCGCAUCGUGGUGGAGCCCACAGACCCAGACUGGCCCUUUGAUUUGAAGGAGAUGGAUAUUCAGAUCUGCUUCCCAGAUGAAUACCCUUUGGAGGUGUUCACCGUGGAAAUCCCUGAGGAUCAGGAUCUACCAGCAUCUAUGGGAAGGCAUGUGUGCAUGGCUUCAGAGGAGUGGUUACGGGCAAAACAUGCCACCAACCGGUUGAUGGGCAAGUUGGAGUUGUUGUUUCGUCCAUACCUGCGGUGGCUGGACCGCAACAUGGAGAAGCUAUUCACUGAGGGAGCUAGGCAGAUAAAGAGGGAAUUAGAGGCAGAGAGAGCCGGGAUACACAUUGUUCCCUACCAGCAGCUGCGAGCACGUUUACCUGGCGCCAUACCUUCGCAAACAACAGAGAUGUCUGCGGGCCCUCAGAAGGAGGAUGGCAGUGAGGAACUGUCCCAGAAGCUGCGGGACGUCAAGGUGGCAGAAUCGGAAAGUCCCGAAAUGAGUGGCACAGGGAGUGAGAUCAGCACCAGUGAGGAGGAGGACAAUUGUUCGAGGACUGGCUCACCAUCUGGUGACCGGCACGAGCUGGCAGGAAAGUCUGACCCUCCGAUCCCAUGUAAGGGCACUGCAGUGCGGCUUGUUGGCCUAGAGUUGGGGGAAGGGACGGCAACACUGUCAGCUCAACAGAUCACCAUGUCGCUGAAGUGCAGCAGGUGCAAAGUUGCUUCAGAUCUUACUGUGUCCCAGAAGUGCCCUUCGUCUGUAAGCUGUAAGAAAUGUAACACAGACAUCAGCAUAGCAUUUCAGCCCAGUAUAGUUCAUGAGCACUCAGACAUCAUGGGAUACCUGGAACUGCGUGGAUGUGUCCCUGUAGAAUUAGUGAUACAGGACAGUCAGUUUGCUGUGGGCUGUCUAAAAUGCUCCAAGGAGGGAUCGCUGCAGGAUCUCUCUUACGGCCGAUACAAGGUGUUAAACUGCUUGCAUUGUCACAGCAAACUCAGCAUUAUGGUGGAGGCUGCACAGUUUUAUCAGAUCCAUGCCCAGUCACAGGAUGAAACUGAUGCUAAUAAUUCAGUUCAUCAGCAACAGAAGAGACAGCCCCCUGGACCUAUUCUUCAGCUUGGGAAACCCCUGCCUGAGUUUGGUACCUGUACACACUUCAAAAAGAGUUUCCGCUGGCUAAGGUUUCCAUGCUGUGGCAGAGCUUAUCCAUGUGAUGUGUGCCAUGACAGUGACCAAGACCAUGUGAUGGAGCUGGCCAAUCGAAUGAUUUGUGGGUACUGUGCGAAGGAGCAGCCGUACUGCAACGGGAAGCCCUGCAUUUCCUGCAGAGCCAUGAUGACGAGAGGCUUCCACACCAGUCACUGGGAGGGAGGCCAAGGCUGUCGCAACAGAAUCAAGAUGAGUCACAAAGACAAACAGAAAUAUUCAAACUCCAUGAAAACGGUGUCUCGCCGAUCCCAGCGUCAGUAUCAGAAGUGAUCAGUGUGGCCCCUGACUAGGGAUCUCUCACUUGGACUGUGGCCUUAGUAAUAACUCCAUGAGUAGGUGUGGUGUGCGCGCGUGGUUGUUCCCGUUUUUUUUUAUUUCCAGUUGUUUCCCCCUCCACUGAGGUGGUGAAAGGAUAAAUGCUUUGUUCAAAUUUUAAAGUAAGGAGCUGAUCUUGGGGAGUAGGGGUGCAGAGCAGCCCCAUAAACGAGGAAUGAGACAGCUUCUAGCUUGAUCUGUAGAAUUUGCAGUAGCACCACCCCCCACCCCCCCCUCCGCCAUCCUCGCUGCUGCCACCACCUGUAGAUAACUAUGGAUGAGAAACACAGUAUGGCAGGAGGUCAUUGUUUACAGCUCCGCUUUGAGCCCAGCAUUUAGCAGCACUUCAGCCACCAAAUCGGGAAGGAAGAAGUUCCAGAUUUAUCGAUGACUUUCCUGCCAGCUUGGCUGCGUUUAGCUGACAGUGCUGAAACCAUGUGUGCACUAAGGUGCAUGGUUCAGAUGUGACACACAGAAUGCCAGGCCUAACCUGGCACGGAGGCUCCCUCUUUUCACUGGUCUAGGAGACAGUGCAGAUAGUUCUGUCUGUAACCUUAAACUGGGUGUAGAAAUUUUGAGUAAGGCAUUCUAGGACAGCCCAGGAUAGACCCCCUGCACAGUCUCUCUGAAAACGGAUAGUGUCUCAAAUCAAGGUCCAGCCUUCUUUUCAUGAUUGGAGCUUGGAGACGUGUACAAUGGGAAGUUGUUCUAAUUUUGGUUUUUGAAUGUUACAGGCUAUCACUGUGGUGAUUUAAUUUGGCCGUUUUAUAAAAUGCAGUCACAUCUCAUUCUAUGCAAUAAGACGAACAAUAAGCAAAGAAGCCCUCCUGGGCCUGGAAAUGAUGACAGCAGGGAAGAUUAGAAUCCCCCCUCACGUGGCUAAGCCCAGGCAUUUGACUAGGUUUAUGAGCAGUAGGCACUACUGUGGAACUGCGCAAAUAAUAUUGGCUGAUUUUUGUCUGUUCCUGUCUCAAAGAGCUUGACAGGGAGCAAGACACUGUUUACAAAUAACCGACUGGCAGCUCAUUGGAAGCUGGAGGAGGCCAUUUCAGCCCCUGAGGUGGCUCAGCUCUUCAAUCCAACAAAGCCUGAUCCUAUUCCUUAAAAUCCUUAGUUGACAAAAUUCUCUGAACUGAGCCAUAAAAGCUCCAGGAUCAGUGAGCUCUGAGUUUGGAUAAUGAGAAUGUGCCAGAUAUUGGUUUUAUUGAGGCAAUACUGUCAAGCUCAAUUCCUGCUUCUAAUCACUGUGUGCACAUGCAUACCUUCCAGCAGAUGGCAGCAGUUCACCCUUUGCUAGUCUCCUCAGCACCAGCUUAGAGUGUAAACUUCACUGUUUCCAAACGCUGAGUGCCACAGUUACCCAGCAGGGAAACACUGACUCCAGGACCUUCGAGAUCACUUUACAUAGUUUGUAGAAAUUUAGGACAGUAAACUGAAUUCACCAGGGUGUUAUUUGUGGAGCGCAGCGGUUAGUUCUUUUGAUUUUGGUCCUUUCAUCCAUUCAGUUGCGGAUCCAUUUCCACAAAUAAUCUCUGACAGUUGCCACCACUGAGUGUUCUCUUAUAUGCAAAUUAGAACACAUUUAAAUCCUGAUGUGAAAACCCAAAAUUGCCCGUAAUGAGAAUUUUGGAUAACAAAAUCGCAGUCACCCUUGUCCCGGUCUCGAUUUUAUCCCGAGGUUAGAGCCUCGUGCAGACUGUCUCAUCCACCUCCUUGUCCUCACAUCCUGUGUUCAGGUUCACUACUGAGAAAGUAAGAACCAACUGACAGUCCACUAUUGAAAGCAUCACCAGCAAACUAACCCGGUUCUAACUGAUACGUGCACAUAGAUGGGGGAACGGGGUAAGAAGUUUAACUUACUCUUCUCCUUCAGCCCAGAGUGAUGAGCUCUGUUGUUACUAUUCUGUUGUCCAGCCAGAAGGGGCUGCAGGUUGAACGUCCUUCCUGUGUAGAUAGAUUCUGGCUGCACAUCUGUGUCUGAGUUAGCUCCCCUGUGCCAGUCUUUUACAUGAAUUAAGAACAGAAAGUGCGAGAAACCCUCAGCAGGUCUGGCUGGCUGCAUUGGUGGAGAGAGUUACCGGAGUUUCAGGUUGGUGACCUUGUCAGAACCAUUGACCUGAAAUGCUAACUCUGUUCCCCUCUCCAAAGAGGCAGCCUGGCCUGCUCAGCAUUUCCAGCAUCUGUUUUUAUUUCAGAUUUUCAACAUUGUCAUCUUGUGUUUAUAUGUGUGUGCGUGUGUCCUUCUUUGAGUCUUUUCCUCCUGUCUCUCAUUUCCAGUUUAAAAAUACUUUGGACAUACUCCUUUUCUCCCAUAUUUGAGCUGCUAUUCAUUUCUUGUUUCUUUAUCGUGUGCUUGUGCCUCUCUUCAUAUUUUCUACUCCCCAACCCAGCAGCCAUUCACCCGCUGGACUGCCAGGUUUGUGUAUCACCUGAAUGUGUUCAGGGAUAGGGAGAGGGGAGGAAUCAAAAGGAAGCUAUUUCUCUGGUUAAACCAAAAGCUGAGCCUGAAAUACAUCAGCCACCACGUGUGUGUUCCAGUGCCAGUCUAAAGAAGAAACCUACAGAUCUCCAUUCGCCGCAUCUCAAUGGUUUUAGCCACGAUUGGUUGUAACCUGAGUUACCUGGCUCUAUCGGGGUUUAACCCCGUGCACUCCCUAAUUCUGAUGUGAUUUUUCCAUAUUAAGGAAUGACUGAAUGUUCCUUUUCUAAUGAGUGCCUUUUGUUUCUCAAUUCUGUCACCUCGACCAGUUGCUACCCACUGCCUGCAUCCUCUAAAAGGAGCAAUCUGCAAAUGAUCCUACAACCCCACCUUGACCCCUGGCCGCAGAGAGUGCUGAGCCAUUGACAUGAUUCAUACUUCUCCAGUCAGGUCCACAGGGCAGCUUCUCAUCAAAUCCUACGGCACUUUGAAGGCAGAGAAGUUUGUUUGUGCAGUAAUGUCUCUCAGGGCAAUGUUGUUUGGCCAGGAAUGCAGGCAGUACCGGGCAGGCUUUCAGACCAUCUUGUAGUACAAUAUCUCUCAUACUCUUUGAAGUUUCUGAUUUGCACUACCAAUUGGUGAGGUUCCCAUCCAACAUAGGGAAGCUGGUUAAACCCCCACUAAAGUUUAAAUCUAUUUCCUUAGGUGGAGGCACGUUAGCCCAAUGCAUGUUGUUGCUAUGGCUAAACUAAUAGUAUUUUUUGGGAGCAGUAAUAGGAUUCAAUCGAAUCAUAUUUCUGAUUUAUUGUGCAAAAUUGCCACUCAAAAGACUUAGUGACAAACACUGGCAAGAUAUUUUAAAAUAGGAAAAGAACUCAUUUGCAUGUAUGUAGAGUUGAUGGUAUUUUAAAAUAAACUUUAGUUUUUGUCAGUUUUGA